CCCCUCUCGCACCGGUCGCUUGGAAUUGCAGCGGGGUCCAGUCUGCUGCUGGAGGAGCAAACCUGGCAACCUGGCAGCUUGUACUGAGACCGAUUGGCAAUCUGGCAAUGCGGAAAUAGAUCUGGCACCCCCAAGCCAGGACUGAGGAGAGAGGCGUGACAGAGCGAGCGGAGAGGAGACGGGAUAGCACUGACAGAGAUCAAAUUAUCAACUCUUCUUUCCCUCUCAGCUUUUUGUUUUUCUUUUUUUCAUCAAAGUGCUCAGGUGCGCUCAUCCGCACCAGAUUUGGGCUUUUUUUUUUACAUUUUUGUUUUGUUUUUGGGGGUUUUUGUUUUCUAAAAUUUGUUUCUUUAAUCUGUCAAGUGUGAGGAGAAGAACGAAGAAGUGCGUUUCUAUCGUUUGGAUUCUGGACUUCUUUACUGACUUCUUCUUUUUUUUCUUUUUUUUCGAGCAUGGAUGUGUUGGCGAAUUACAGUAUUUUCCAGGAACUCCAACUCGUCCACGACACUGGUUAUUUCUCUGCGAUGCCUUCCUUGGAGGAGAACUGGCAGCAGACGUGUCUAGAGUUGGAGCGGUAUCUACAGACCGAGCCCAAGCGACUCUCAGAGCUCUUUGACGAUGAGCUGGACUGCCUCUUAACGCCGGCGUUUAUGCAGGGGGGUGACAGUGAUGAAGACCUGAUGGACCCCCUCCUUCCCAGCCUCCCUGACCAGCCCAGUCCACCUUCGCUACUUGUGACCCUCCCCAAGGUGCAGGCCAAAAUUCUACAUGUUCCCAAUCCCAACAAGAACCAGACAGCAGCUGGGCCUGAAACCCUCACAGGCAAAGAGCAAGUCCUCGGAGGAGUCAGUGCAGCUCAGCUUAGUGCCGCUGUCACUUCCCUAACACCGCCAUCAUCACCGGAGCUUGGCCGACACCUUAUUAAGCCCACACAGACGCUCACUGCAACAGCAGACGGCACAUUAACGCUCAAACUGGUGGCAAAGAAGGUGGGAUUAGGGGCGGCUAAGCUGGUAGCAGCGCGAGCGUUACCAUCCCCACCAGGCCGAGGAGGAGCCCUCAGUGACAGCGAGCAGGGAGGGGUGGGAAGUCUGGCAGGAGACGUACCAGAGAACAAGAAGAGAGUCCACCGGUGCCAGUUUAAUGGUUGCAGGAAGGUUUACACCAAGAGCUCCCACCUGAAGGCACAUCAGAGGACCCACACAGGUGAAAAGCCCUACAAGUGCUCAUGGGAGGGCUGCGAAUGGCGCUUUGCCCGCAGUGACGAGUUGACACGACACUACCGCAAACACACCGGAGCGAAGCCAUUCAAGUGCAACCACUGCGACAGGUGUUUCUCCAGGUCGGAUCACCUGGCCUUGCACAUGAAGAGGCACAUCUGAAGGACAAGAAGAAAAGAAAAGGAGCAGGAGGAGCACGAGGAGGAAGAGGAGGAGCAGAAGGAGAAAUAGGAGGAGAGAUAGGAGGACAGAAGGAUGGGCAGCCAUGCUAUCGACUGCCUGCGUCAUAUCCCCCCCCUGCUGCCCCUCCCCCAAUCCAAACACCAGUAGGCUCAAACAGCCAUCGGGGGGGAAAGUUGGGCAGGAGGAAAAAGCGAGGAGUAGCUAGAUUGUUGUUUUUCUUUAAAAUUACACAUCACGUUUGCAAUAGUAAACACUUCACACACACCUGUCUUUGAAUGCAUCACCCCGGUGAACCCCGGACAGCUCUGGGGGCUUGGACACUGCCAGAUCAACAUGUACUCAACUUGCUUGACAAAACAUUUUCCCGCCUUCUUUCUUUUUUUCUUUUUUUUUGAAACUUUCUCCGUAGUCAGUGUGUUAAACUUAUCGAGUCACUUUGGAUGAGCAGAAACUUUUAAAUAUCCAUGUAGUCAGCUGUUAGUGCUUUACCGGCUUUUGAAAUCAGAUAUUCGACUGUUUUUUCUUUUUCAGCUUUCUUGCUCUUUUCUUAUCGACGUUUCUCAUACACGGAACACACAAACCGUCACCUGCCGCAGUCAGCUCCAGUACUCAUUGUGAAGAAAACAACAAUGCCAAAUCUGCAGGAGAGAGACUGUACGGAUUGACUCCCAGCACGGGUGACAAUCGAACCCACGGCCCGGGACACCGCUGGUGCGCCCACGGGGCCUCGGUCAGCGGGUGCCGCUGCAGCUCUCAGGCUCUCCUCCAGUGGGUGUUUUGCAUCUCUCACCUUCACCGAGAUGCCUGCCGCCUCCGCAGGCCAUCUGACAGAAAUGCGCAGCGACACUUUCUUCCCUUUUUUCUACUUAGAGGACGAUAAUUCGUCUUCUUAUUGUUAUUUAAAAAAAAAAAAAAGAAUGACACUUUUUUUCUCUCUGUGAGGAAAAGAUGUCUUAAAACUCACAGCAAUGUGUUUGAGAAGAAAAAAACUACAAAAAAUAAAAAUCUAAGAAGACUUUAACAGAAUGUGUGAGAUGAGAAGGAGAGCGUUGUUGGUCUUUAUAAUCUCCAUGUGCACCGACUGCAUCUGCAGACUGCAAGAAAUCAGUGGAUGAACAAACAACAGAAUCACACAGACUCUCAGAAAAGGGGUUUGUGUCUGUGCUUUUUUUUUUGGACUAAAAUAAAAAACAGAAAGUAGAGAGGUCUUCAUUUGUGUGCUGCUCUUUCUGCCCUGUGACUCCCUGCAGCUGAAAAACAAAACCUUGUUGUGACUUCUGUGGUCUCGUACUCUACAGCAGCCGGGCAGAGGAUUGCUUAAAAACUGGGAAUAUGUUUCUUGGUUAUUUGUUUUUCUUUUGUUUUGUUUUUUUUUCUUUUUCAUUCUGAUUCUGAAAGUCAUCCUCGAGCGCUUUCACAGACUCUGAGAUCUCAUCUCCCUGGCAGCACUGCGGGGCGAGAAUGGAAGCUCAAGAGCUGCUUUUUGGUUAUUCACGUGGAACUAAAGAUGCCAGCCGACCUUUGUGUGGUGGCUCUGAAUAGACACGGUCACAUCGACCCGUCAAUUUUGCUUGUUUCAUAUCCACUGACUGCACUGACUUUUCUUUUUAAUUCUUUCCAAUGUUAUCUGUGCUUUUUCCUUUUUCUACAGCGAAAAAAUAAGGAUAAAAGGAACACAAAGGAAAAAAAAAUCAUAAAAGACUUGGAAAAAAAACAAAACAAAAACAAUUCUGUCUCACUCUACACGCUGCAUACAGAACAAGCACACAUGCUCCGUCAACACACACACACACACACUUACACUGCAGUUCUUACGCUCACGGCUCCUCUUGAGAUAAGACUAAUAAGAUUUAGGAAAAUAAUUAUUAAACUAAUGAACAGAGUUGGGGGAAACAACACACACUGCAUGGCAGGCUUUGUUGCAAACGCACACACUUGCUCAUGAACACACAUGCACGCACGCACACUCUUCCUGGAAUUAUAUGUUCUGCUCCCAAAUCUUUUUUCACAGUAGGAAUUUAGCAACUGUUGUUUAGCAGAAGAGUAUCUUAGCUCUCGGCUGGAGGUAACAAAUGAUUCCAAAUCCUUUGAAGUGAGAAAUCAGCUUGUUCUCAGUUCCAACAAUCACCCACAUAUCCCUCACUACAGCUUGUGCCUCUCAUUUAAUCAGCGUUUUUUCUGGUUUUUGGUUGUUUUUUUUUACUUCAGAGACUUUGGUUACGUUGUUGGUUACAGUUGAGUCAGUGGUCAAUGUUUUCAUCGGAAAUAAUCAUAAGAAAGCAGCUGCGGCAGAUCUGAAACAUUAAACCAGCAGCAGGCGUGUAGUAUUAUUAUUAAAGAUGGUUUAUGCUCGUGGGAAAAAGUGCUUCAAGAUGACAAAAUUGCCUGAAACGUUCAGGAUAACCCCUGAUGUAGCCUGAAAAUUGAAGCUGUUAGCUAGACUGAUGGGGGAUGUCAAAGCUUGCUGUGUAGAAAUUCCAGCUCUGGUUUUGAUCUGGCAAAUCAAAUUUAUUUUCCAACUUGAUGGUGCUGUGUAAAAACUAUGUUAUUUUUGACAAAAUACUCAGCACCCACAACCAUAUAGAUGCGUCCUUUUCAUGACUGAUUUAACACGCGCAGUAACGUUGAAUCACCUGAGGUUCAUAAUGUGCAAUGAAAACACUGACUUUUAUCUGUGCCCUGAAAGUAAUCAGCAACAAUUUUAAUGUAAAAAAACAGAAAAGAAAAAAAGAUGGAUCUGAGAAAACUGAGGUAAACGUGUGUUCACACUGCCUGCUUUCUUUGCUCAAUAGUUGAUGGGGGAAAAAAAUUAAAUUAAAAAAAAAAAUGCACUCGCCUUGCAAUCGGGGCACUUGGCACCAACAGACGCUACCGCUGCAUCCGCCCACCACCACCCACUGUAUAUGCCCCGCAGCACGUGCAAACAGUCCAUUAUUCACUGUUACUGACUGGGUGCAGUUGGGGUGAGGGUGCAGGUUCCUGAAGCUCGCAGGAGGUUUUCACAUCCCAGUGUACCCAGUCAUCGUGCCAGUUGGCUUCGCCAGCCUUCAUUAGGUGAAACAGCGAAAACAUUCCCCUCCGAUGGGGAAUGUUGGGGGGGGUUAUGGUGCAGCUUCGAACAAUCGAUACCAAAAACCUCCAGCGUGGAACUGCCCUUCAGCCACGGGCAGAGUCUCACCACUCAGGAGAGAUCAGUGGGAGACCGCCUCCGUAUGAAUUCAGUGUAUCUAGCGGCAGCUUUCACUAUUAACUCUCUCUCUUUCUAAAUAUGACAAAGCAGCCCGUGUGGGAGGCGAAUCCAGUGUUUCACUUUUGAUUUCAUUUGCCCGUUUGCUGGUUUCCGUUACAGAAGCUGUGUCGAUGGUCGUGUUCGUCGUUCUUGGAUAAUGCAAAGUCAUGCCGUCGGCGUCGAGGCAUGCAAAGAGGCCCUCCCAUACAACGUACAAUCAUAGAGGGAUCAGGAUUGUAGCACUUUUGUGAGGCUUUUGAUGGCAUGAAUGUGUUUAUGUGUGCAUGUAUGUGUCCCUGUUAGGCAUACUGUGAUGGGAAGCAGUCAUUCAGCAAAGAGGUUUAUAACUGACUUUUUAAACUGGUAAACAAGUGUGCGGCUGUGUGAGGGAAGAACUGGUCGAUGCAUUUGCUGUUGGAUUUUUUUCUUUGGUCAAAGCAAUGGCUGACAAUGUGUUUAUUAGGGGUUUUUUUUCUUUUUCUUUCCUUUUGACCCUCCAAUUAUUCAUUCAUCCAUGCAUACAAGUCAUUGAGCUUGAUGACUUGCAUCGCAUUAAAGAGAUGCUAAUUCAUGCCUUGCACUACACAGGUUUAUCUUAAACCAUGUAAAAUCAGACUGCCUGACAGAUUAGUUGGCAUUCGGUUCAAAUUAUUUGGAAGACGGCUGUCGUUUAUAUGUUUAUAUGUAACUAUAAAAAAACAAAAAAAAAUCAAUUAGUGGUUUUUGUGCCUAUUUAUAAAAAAUAGGAAGCAGCAUUUUGCAUUCAUGCUAAUUUAAACUUGACUUAAACUUUGAAUUAAAAAAUGCUAAAAAGCAAAAACAUUGUGCUUAAAGGAUUCUCUAAGAAGAUUUGUCGCUUUGAGCACAUUUCUGUGUUGGUUUUGAGCAGUUGUGCCACUCGCCACACAGGCAAAAAAGCUAAAUUGUUUGUUACAAAAACAAAAUUAAAGAUUGUAGUGCUUGCCAGCAUGAAGCGAUUGCAACUCACAGUUCAUCUCCUCGUAAAUGAUAACCCCUCUUGACAUUCGACAGAUCGCAAAGUCACUUCAGAUACAAAUUCACAUUUCAUUCCCUUCACAUCUGAGCCUGUCAAAGCAGGUUUUCUGUCACAGUGUUGCCCGGGUCUCCUGUGGUCUCUCAGGCUCCUCCAGGCCCGGCUAGCUGCCGUCCCACAGCUCUGAUUAGCAUUAACUCUCGGUUCUCUUCUCAAGUUGCAGUUCAGCUAAUGAGAUAGCUCUGGGUCACAAGGAAAUUUAGUGGUCUGGAGAAAGAGAAAAAAAAAAAAAACAACAACAGGGACCUUGAGCCCGACUUACACCCAGUGGACACAUUUGAUGUAGAACAAACAGAAAGUCCUGUUAGCGCAGGGAAAUAUCAGGAGAUGGUGAGAUACUCACUGAAGAGGCUGAACUUUCAUGGAAAAAAAAACAAAUAAAAAAAAAUCAUUUACCUACAUGAAUAUCCAGAUCAUUAAAUCAGCCAUUGCAUUUUAUCUCAUGGAUUACAGAUAAAAUAAAUUACCAUUUAUCUGCAAAGUCCCAACAGAUAUUUAAUCCACUCCACGUCCCCCGAUCCUCCCCCGUGGUUCACAGUUAGUGCCAUUCUAAUUUUCCUCUCUCCCUCCAUCCUCACCCCAUCUCUCCCUUUCUGUCCACAGCAGUUGUCCAUGCACUAUCAGCUGCGGGAAUGCUGAAUGCACACUUUACACAUUUUGCCCAAAGAUUUGCAUAUCUGCAAGUUAACUGCUGUGAAUGUAGUAGAUGUAGUGGAAAGAGCUGAGAUGCAGAGGUGCAGAAAAGGAGUGGUGGAUGGACGGUGGGAGGAGAGGGACUGUUGAUCUUACAUAACCGUUCCUGUUAAAGCAUAAUUACUGGUAUGCUCCAACGCUUCAUAACAUUCUCGGUCCUCUCGUCUACUGUCAGCUGGAGCCGAACUCAUUGUUCACAAAUGUAAAAUAACGUUUUCAUGGUCUUAUAGGGUGCCUGGUAUAGUGGCGCUAGCAGCUUAAGCAGGAGUGAAGUAGCUUUAGUUUAAGUUAGCUUCUUAGCACACUGCAGAUAGCACUGUCAAGUCUCAUCAUGGGAAUAAACCUUUUCUCUGACAAAGAAAACUAAUUCUAAAUUUAGUGACCUGAAAUUCAGUUUUAGAUGAUUAGCCUGUUAAUGCUGUUUAAAUUAAGUGUAAGCUUUUUCAGUAAGAGAGCAAUAGCUAUGUAUAUAGCUAGUAUUCGCUGGCUAAAUAGCUAGCUAGCACUAGCUAUGUAUAAUAGUAGUGCUUUUACACCAAAAAGCACUAGCUAUAUAAAAACAUAUGUAGCUAGAGAACUAGCUUGCGAGCACUGAUUAUGUACAAGUGUAAAAGCAUAAAAGCAGACCAGAGAAAAAGGCAUCAAACCCAGUGUGAAAACGACCUUCAGACAUUCUCCGUGGCCACAGUUAGUUGUUUAGACACAGUCCUUUGAUGGAUAAGGCUUCAGUUUUCACAGUUUUCCACCAUAUCGUCCUGAUGAAGGAUUGUCACUUCUGGCAGCUUUUGUAAAUAGCGUGAGAUCUUUCAUGCAGACCGCUCUGUCUGUAAUUAACCAUAUGUGGCGAACAGCAUUGCUCAGACAUUUCAGCGUUUCUAUAGAUCUGCUUUAGUUCUUGCAAACAUUGCACUACAUGAUCAUACUUAGCUAUUGCACUCUUCAUGUGUGCGCACUGCUAGCAUAGUCUGUUGGAGCACUCUGUCAAAUAUCCACUUAACAUUUGUUACAUGACCAGGAUGCACAUGGCCACCAAGAACUAUUUUCCACAGGUCACCUUGCAGCAGAUCAGACUGACAUAUCUGCUUAAAACUCCAGUUAAAUGCCUUUUUCAUCACUCUUUUUCUGGAGGAAUAUGUCGUACUCUGAAAACACUCAGUCAUGCUGUGACUUGGUUGAACUUUCUUGGUAUCAGUGGCAUCCCAGAGUGACGCUGUCUGUAACUACUGUGUUUGUCCAUGCUUGAUGUGUCAGUAUAUAAGAGAUUCACAGAUCUUAACCCUUCUCCUUGUGUCUGUAUGUUUCACUUCACCUACACCAAACCCUCUCUACCAAAACCACGACCAUCAGAGCCCUCUGGGACCCAACACGCUCAUAGAUAUCCAGCUGUUCUGAGAAGUAUUCUCAAGAGCUAUGCAGCUUGGGAUCCCCAAGCAGUUCUUUGGUGAGACUGCAAUAACUUUUCAACUUUACCAGCUUAAUGUCCUCACUGGGUACAGUUUUUUUUUUUUCAAAUGACCCAUCCUUGUAGGUGCUUUACACACUCUGUCAGUUAAUAUGCUCAGUUGGCCUGAUGCCUGAUGCUUUUAGUUAACAGACUCCUUCUUGGAGUCUAUCCUGUUCUGUCAGUAUGUAUGUGGCAAAAGGAUUGGUACCAAAGAAUUAGGUUUCUCUGUGCUUUAUUGUUAUGGGAAAUAGUGCCCUGUCACAGCCAAGGUAAUAUUUGUUUCACUGACUAACAAGUUUGCGUUGAAAUAUUUGAUUUUUUGGCACAUUAUUUUUUUAGGGUAUCAAAAUGUUCAGUCCAGAAUGGCUAUUGUCUGUUUAAACAUUUUUUUACGUGUGAUUUUAUGACAAUUUUAUGCAAUCGUGCAAUCUAUAUAAUCUUUAUUUUAGUUACAGUCACUUUUGAAGACUUCCCAUCAACAUUUCAGUCUACAAAAGUCUAUAGCUUUAGCAGGCUAUCAACCGUAUUCCUUAGAGAUUACAUUUCUGAAAUAGUACAGCAAAAUGAUUUUGAAGGAAAUAUAACGUAACCGUUAAAACGAUGCAAUCAUGCUGCCAGGCAACCUAAAAUCUUUCAGACAGAACACUUAUGUAAUUUAGGUUUAACCUUAGCUUUCAGAAAAGAUCUUACUUGUUCAAAGUGACUGUGUAUUUAUAUGCCUUUUGUUGUAAGUAACAUGGUAGAAAUGACAUGCACUUUUCAAGUAUUACCGUCCACGCUAACAGAAAGUUUAUUUGGUUCCAAUCCUUAUGCCACAUAUUGUGUGGCCAAUCCAAUAUUUGUAUUAACUGUGAGUGGUAUUUCAUCACCUUUGUAUGGCCCACUGUGUGUACUCAAACCACAGCUGUUGAGGGAUCCCACUUAUAUAUUUUCUGGGAUGAAUGGACAUGUAGAAAAGUGAAUUAAGACAAGCAGAUGUGUUUUCACCAUCACGACAUCCUUCUCACCUGCCCUGCAAGGGCUCUGUAACUCCGUUCAUAUCAACCUUGGAUCCAUGACCCUUCACUCCACCCCGCCCUCCUCUCUUCUCUCACUGUCACCUCUGUUGAGUUGAGUUUCUUUUCCGUUCUCUUGUUUUACUUACGAUUUUUUGCUGUACAAAGUGUUUAAAAUAUUAUUUGUAUUAUAUGAUGUUAGUAUGGUAAUGUUCUUUAUUAAGGAAGAAGAAAAUUUAUUUUUGUUACUGGUCUGUUUCAUAAUUCUUUUCUAAAUUGGUAUUGUAAGAUAUCUAUGCAAGAACUGUUAAGUGGAGCAUUUUUAUUUAAGAAUGUAAUAUGUGUAAUAAAUGGUAGAAUCUG